AUCAAGGGCUUCCUUUCACUCCUUGGAGGCCCAGGGACAAUAUUUCUUAUUUCCCAUGUGGCUGGAUGAACACGCCCCCUGUCACCUCAAAGCUCUAUAUAAGACAGCAAAAGGGCCCGAUGAUAAGAUCCUGGACUCAAGACAAGCUUGGCCAUGCGGUGUAAAGUCCUCAUCUACGUCGUCUUCCUGACUCUCAUAAAGCAUGUGUCUCCAUCUGGAAUACAAGCCAGCCCAAAUUCAAAUGCCACCCUCCCCUGCAAUGUGACGAUACCCCCUUAUGUGGACAAAAUAGACAAGUCUCUCAUCAAAGCUGGCUGGACAAAAAACGGCUCUGACAUUGCCUCAUUCACUCAAGCUGUGACGCAAAUAAAGGAAGGCUUUCGCUGGGACACCGGUGAUUUCAUCAAUGGGGACUUUUCACUGACCAUCCUCCGAGCCAGUCUCGAACUGCAGGGGCUGUAUGAAUGCACCAUUAGCUACAACUCCACAAUGCUGCAUUUCAGUAACACUACAUUUAGUAUCCUAGCCUCCCCCAUUCUGUCUGUCCCGCAGCAGUGGGUGGUGUUGGAAACAGAAAGCCAGCUUAAGUGCAGCGCAGACAGUUUCUACCCUCCUCCUGUGUCUUUCUCUUGGAUCAGAGACGGGCAAGUGAUUCAACCUUCAUAUAUUGUUGAAGGUGAACUGACUCCAGAUGGGUACUACAUGGCUAUUGGCAACUUGACCUUCUUUCCUUCUCGUGAGGACCAGAAUGUGACCUUUGGGUGCCAUGUAUCACAUGGUGGACGGCAUCAAGAACUGGAUUUCCAACUCAAUAUCACCUAUCUCCCUUCUGUCAAGCUUUCUGCCGUGUCAUCCAAAUCGGACAACAUUCCUCUCACUCUUUACUGUGACGUGGAGAGUUUCUACCCAGAGGAAGUGUCUGUGUCAUGGCUUCAAAAUGGUACAGUCCUCCCCGAGCCCCCUACCACUGACCAAAACCCUGAUGGGACCCUUAGAACCAGGCGCUAUUAUACUUUAAGUGCAGAGCAGAGAGAGCAAGGUGGGAAGGUGGAGUGUGCAGUAAACCAACCCGGGGUAUUGCACCCAGUGAGUGGCUCAUCGUUUCUAGAGUUACUGGAUCCCAGAGAUGAGGCACCAGUGUUGACCAAAUCUGCCAAAGCAUCAGUGGCUAUGAUGUCUAUUUCUAUUGUGCUGGUGUUCCUGCUCUGUUUUGGGUUUUCUUGGAGGAGAAGGGAUGAGAAACAGAAAUCUCUGACUGUGUCUGGGAUCAUCCUCCCUCCACACGUGACUGUCGGUCAAAAGGGCAGGGUGACAGUGAGCAUAGAGGGCAGGAGGGUGGACCGAGUCCAGGCUGCAUGGUUUCUAAAUGACACGCCUAUCUCUGACACCUCCCUCACAGUGUCAGAGAAAGGUCGUCUGCUGCCCUCCAGAGACGAGAUGGGUUACUACAAGCUGCACACUCAAGGGCCGCUGCACUCAUCCGGAAGUGGCAUCCAACAGCUGAUCGUCUCACUCACCUUCAUCCCCCAGAUUUCAAUCCACAAGGGGGCGGUGUUUAAGUGUCAAGUGGCCUACAUGGGCAAGGAUAAGAUUGUGUCGGAGAGGGUGUCAGAGAAGUUUACGAUUCUAUCUGCUCCUGAAGUAUCAGAAAUCCAGCUGACUGAGACUCCAAAUGACUCUGAUGUCAUCAGUAUGACAGUCCGGGCAUCACAUUUCCAUCCAGACGUCAUUACCUUCCGCUGGUUCUGUGAGGGGAGCGAGCUGAGCCCUGUUGCCUCACAGGCCUCGUCCUCACCCAGACCCAAUUCUGAAGGCUUCUUUUCUGCCUCCAGUCAGUGUAAACUACCUCGCAGUGAACUGGAAAGGGGGGGCACCAAAGUGUGGGUAAGCAUCCACCACAUUGCCCUGAAACAGCCGGUCACCCGCGAGACCAGAGGCUUCAUGAAGAGCCCAUGUGUCUCUGAAAUCAUCCGUUCCAUUUCUACACCGGAUCAGCCUUUCAUGCUUGGAUGUGAAAUCACAGAUUUCUACCCUCCAACCAUCUCUGUCACCUGGCUGAAGCUGGGGCAGGGAGAGCGGGACGACAGAGAGGAUGAGGUGAUAGCGGGAGGAGAGAUGUGGGGACCCAUGCAGACUCAUCCCAGACUCUACAGGGCCACAGCUUCACUGAAGAGGAGGGCAACAAACGAGGGGAAGGAGGAGAGAGGUGGCGGGAUUACUUGUAGAGUGGAACACUGUUCUCUUACUGAGCCUAUUGAGAGACACUGGAGGAAUGUUGACAUUGUCGCUCCCUCCAUCCCUCCGUCGAUCUUAGUGUGUUGGAACAGUGUAGGGGUCGGUGUGUUCUCCCUCCUGUUGAAAGGAGGUCACCCAAAGGUCAAAUUAGUCUGGGCAGCGGGAGGAGCCACACUUUCCCCACUGGUGUCCAAUGAGACAGAGGAGAUAGGAGAUGAUGGACAGAGGGAGCUGAAGAGUUUGUGCGCCCUCGAGAGGUCCACGAGCCUGCCGAGUCCGACGAGCAAACCGCUGGAGAGACGGAAGAAUGGACAUGCAAUAAAAACAAAAAAUGCAGUCACAGACCCUGAUGCUGAAGGGAUAGAGUACAUCGAUGAACAAGUGGACGGAGAGAAUAACAACAUCGACAGGGAUGAGGAGACAAAGUCGGAGCUGGACGAGGACAGUGACAAAGACACAGAUGAAGACACGGGCGCGUUGCAAAUAAACCGAGUCAACUUGAGUAAUGGAACCCGAGGAAAUGAGGGAGCACGUUUGAGAGUGUGCGUGGAGAUCACACACCCUGCGCUCAAGCUUCCUGUUUAUCGAACCUGGACAGCUUUUUCACGGUCAAUUACAGAGGACAUUAGCACAUCAGUCACCAGGGACGAAGAUCUGAGGAUGGACAACGAAAGUCCCGUUGUCGGCAGGGUGGAGAGAACUUUCUGGACCGUUUGGUACUAUUUAACUGGAGCUGUUAACAGAUUGCUCAGACCAGAGCCGGCCAACAUUGUUAUCAACGAACAAAACGCCCCCCAGGAGUCGGCAGUUGACAGCGAGCUUGCAAAGUGUAGCCAUUUAGAAGAUGAAGUCACCCGGAGGGAGGUCGAUGAGGAACAACUUAUUGCCCCAGCAUCUCUGCUUGGCACAUCUCGGCCAGCUGUUGCCUGGGAUCUUUGCACCACAGAUAUUGACUUAGGGCCCGAUGUAGAAACCAUGCAGUACAAAUCUGAAAGGAAAGAUUCUGUGGAAGAAGAGGACACCAGAGGGGAGGAACUCAAACAAACAGAAUGUGAUGAUUUAGAGCUACUCGUGGUGCAAGAUGAAAAAGAACACGAAGAAGUAGAUCGUAAACUGUACACUCACAGACAAGAUGAGACAGCAGAAAACAAUGAAUAUGACGAACGCGUAAACACGAGGUCACAGAUGCUUAAAAGUGAUGCAACGAGUGAAGAUUUGGCUGUUUCUGAAGGUGAAUCAGAGAGGGAAAUGAAAUCAGAUGUUCCUCAAAAAAUGGAGGAAACAGAGACAAAGAUCCAAGACAAGGUGGGAGAUAAUGAACAUGAUUUGGAGGCAGGCGGCAUUGAGAUAAAAUCAUGCUCAGUCACAGAAUUUAGUCCUGAAAAAAUGGAACUUAAGAUUCACAUAGAAGAGGACGACAUGCAGAAAAACGAGACAGAGACAUUGAUGAAGCACCAAGAAGUGGAAAACAGUCAGGGUGUACUAAGUACAGUACAGGAUGAAAAGCAGCUCUCAGCAAGUGAAAAAUGGUCAAAUGAUGAACUAGUUAUUGCGCUAGUUGUUGGAAAAGAUCGAGUGAUGGCUCCCAGAAAUAUGAGCAAUACAUCUGAGGAUGUGAAAGAGAAGGAGGAUAAGAGCACAAUGGAAGAGAGAGAGCAGGAAGCUGUCAUCGAGGAACAAAAAGUGAAUGUGGCUGAAGAAAACCAGGCUUUAGAUAAAGUACUGGAGCAGAAAGACAACUCUGAAACAGUGCCAGAAGACAGCAAAGAAGACCCCCAUUUAAACGACCAAAAGAGUUUCAGCGAUGAAGCUGUGCUGUGUGCUAAAACUGAGCAACACACAAAUGGAGAGCAAGAGGAUGUGGCAAAGGAAGUCAAUCUGCAAAUCAAAAUAAGAGACACAGAUGAUUUCCCAACAGAAAGCUAUGACGCAUUGAUCACUGAACGGUUUGGUAAUAAACUAUCAGACAUUUCAGUAGUAGACGAGAGAUCGCUUGAUAAAGAUCAAGUACAAGAAGACAUUGAAGAAAGUUGGGGGGUAAGAGCAUGUACAGCCAUCUCGGUUACUGUGAAACCUGAAGGUGAGACUGGACAGGAAGAAAGCUGGGAGUUUCAAAAUAUUCCCCAGGGUAUAUUAGAAGGCCGGUCUGAUGUGUCGCCGGAGCUUAAUCCUCCAACAUGUGAGGAAGCACAAGAGGGAGUUCCUGAAUACAACAAUGAGCCAGGACCAGAUGAAAAUACAACACAAAGGUUCCUGGAAGUAGGAGACUCCAAAGAAGUCCAGAGCAGCCAAUUACCAAAAGAGGUGGAGAGCAAAGAGCCGGAGAGCCUUCAAAACAGUGGACGUAGCAGUGGAGCUGACUGUUUACUGGUGCAAGACCAUAUGGAGGAGGUUCAAGAAAGCAAAGAAGAUAUUAAGAGACACUUUGCUUUGGUUUGUGCCGAAUUGCCAAAAGAAACAGGGAAACCACUAGUUGAACCAACAGCUCAAGAACCAGGACCUUUGUUUGUGGAAGAGGACGGAACAUUUAUGGUUGCCCAAAUGAAGACCGGAAUAGAACAAUCAGAAAAUGAACUUGAGACAGGCUUGAGCAUGACAAAGAAAGAAGAUGUACUCGAUGAAGAGCUUUUGGUGGAAAUAGAUGAAGGUUCUUUUGAUUCUGAAGAAGCUGAUGCUGCUGGAGAUGGUCUUGAAGCAACAGAACAUUUGGUGGGAGAAGAAAUUCUAAAACCCCUUGAGGCUAAAGAACAGAUGACAACGGAGACAAGGUUUCAAGAAUCAGUGGACGCUAAGAAAACAGAACAGAACAGCAAUAGAGCAUCCGGUGUACAAGAUGAUAUUCCUCCCAUUGGAUUUGUGAAACAAUCUGUCGAGACUGAGCUGUCAUCAAACAAAGAGACGGAUCUGCAAGAUACAGGCAACAAUUUAGAAUUGGAAGCGAAUAAAGUUGAGGAGGAGGAGGCAGCAGAAGUUCAGAUGCAGAACAAAAAUGAGGUUGAAAUAUUUGAUCUGCAGGUUGCUGGUAUGGCAGCUGAAAUAACCAGAGAAAAUAAUGAUUUAAUUUCAGAGUUUACAUUAUCUAUGAAGUCCCUAGAGACAGAAAAUCGACUAUCUGACAAUGAAGCAACUCAUGAAUCAGAGAUAAUCGAGCCCAAACCAACACAUGAUGUGUGUAUGAUAUCAACAGAUGAGAUGCAUCUUGGUAAAGAUCAAGUACAAGAAGACAUUGAAGAAAGUUGGGGGGUAAGAGCAUGUACAGCCAUCUCGGUUACUGUGAAACCUGAAGGUGAGACUGGACAGGAAGAAAGCUGGGAGUUUCAAAAUAUUCCCCAGGGUAUAUUUGAAGGCCGGUCUGAUGUGUCGCCGGAGCUUAAUCCUCCAACAUGUGAGGAAGCACAAGAGGGAGUUCCUGAAUACAACAAUGAGCCAGGACCAGAUGAAAAUACAACACAAAGGUUCCUGGAAGUAGGAGACUCCAAAGAAGUCCAGAGCAGCCAAUUACCAAAAGAGGUGGAGAGCAAAGAGCCGGAGAGCCUUCAAAACAGUGGACGUAGCAGUGGAGCUGACUGUUUACUGGUGCAAGAGCAUAUGGAGGAGGUUCAAGAAAGCAAAGACGAUAUUAAGAAACACUCUGCUUUGGUUUGUGCCGAAUUGACAAAAGAAGCAGGUAAACCACUAGUUGAACCAACAGCUCAAGAACCAGGACCUUUGUUUGUGGAAGAGGACGGAACAUUUAUGGUUGCCCAAAUGAAGACCGGGAUAGAACACUCAGAAAAUGAACUCGAGACAGGCUUGAGCGUGACAAAGAAAGAAGAUCUACCAGAUGAAGAGCUUUUGGUGGAAAUAGAUGAAGAUUCUUUUGAUUCUGAAGAAGCUGAUGCUGCUGGAGAUGGUCUUGAAGCAACAGAACAUUUGGUGGGAGAAGAAAUUCUAAAACCCCUUGAGGCUAAAGAACAGAUGACAACGGAGACAAGGUUUCAAGAAUCAGUGGACGCUAAGAAAACAGAACAGAACAGCAAUAGAGCAUCCGGUGUACAAGAUGAUAUUCCUCCCUUUGGAUUUGUGAAACAAUCUGUCGAGACUGAGCUGUCAUCAAAUAAAGAGACGGCUCUGCAAGAUACAGGCAACAAUUUAGAAUUGGAAGCGAAUAAAGUUGAGGAGGAGGAGGCAGCAGAAGUUCAGAUGCAGAACAAAAAUGAGGUUAAAAUAUUUGAUCUGCAGGUUGCUGGUAUGGCAGCUGAAAUAACCAGAGAAAAUAAUGAUUUAAUUUCAGAGUUUACAUUAUCUAUGAAGUCCCUAGAGACAGAAAAUCGACUAUCUGACAAUGAAGCAACUCAUGAAUCGGAGAUAAUCGAGUCCAAACCAACACAUGAUGUGUGUAUGAUAUCAACAGAUGAAAUGCAAAAGCAAAUGAUGGAAUCAGAGGGGAGUUGUGGUGAAGAAACGGUUCGCUCAAUCAGUCCAAUUCAAGAUGUAAUUGAUGAGGAGAUCCUCGACAUGUGUAAUGAGACAUUGUCCAAGGACGAUGAAAAGCAUCAAGAAGGGCCUGAGCUUGGGCCACAAUUGAACCCAGGAUUAGAGCCAUCGAAACAGGAAGAAACACAGCAGGAUACAGAGCAGCUUGUGGAGUCAAAUCCAAGGGAAUGUGAAUUAGUGAGUGAUACAGAGAUGUCUUCAUCAACAGCAGAGUCUGGAUUUUCCGACCAUUCCCUUAAUGAAUGGGGCCCACAAAACAGUGAGGCGCAGUUACUGAAAUCAGCUAGCCCUGGGACAGUCCAAGGCACAUAUGACAUGUUGGUGAAUGUGUCAGAAUCCGUGAACAUCUUAGAAUUGUCUCCACAAGAACACAACUCUGGAUCCCAGGAUACGAUGAUGGAGGAAACCCCUGACGCAAGACAGUUAUAUCUAAAAGAUGAGGAAUCUGUGACAGGAUUUCACCUUGAGGAGAGAGAUUCUGAAGAGGUUAGACAUCAAGAUCAGGAAUCAGAUCAAACACGGGAAAAAAUGCACGAGGAAAAUGGAUUAAAGAAAGAGAUUGAUGGCAAAGUGACGGAUUUUAAAACCGCUGUUGAAGCAGAUGUGACAUCAUUGACAGAAGUGGGCGCUCUUUUCCAACUAGAGAAAACAAAAGUUGAAACUGAGACUCUUAAGAUAACUGCGUCUGAUUCUCAAGAGGAAAUCCAACACACUGACUCAGCCCGUUCGAGAAGUGAAUCAGAGGGUUCGUCAGAGGAGGGUAUUGAGUCAUCUGAAUCUGGUUCACAAGACAACACCUCAACCCAAUCAGAGAAGACGUUACUUGAGAAAAAACAGCUUGGAUUGACAGAAGAGACAGAUGAUUCUUCACCAGGACUUACCGGGACAGAGGUGGCACAACAGUCUGGAGAUCAGAUUGAGGUGGAUGCCUCUGUGCUCGACUUUUCUGCGCAAAGGUCAAGAAUCGCUGUGAAAAACCCUCGAGUCAGACCACCAAAAGAUCCCCGCUCCCUGCUGCAUAUGCCCUCGGUGGAUCCCACUCCUGCUUCACGUCUGCCAGUCAAAGUCCCUGCAGGUGUGCCUUUGGGAGGCAUUGGCAUUGGAGUAAAACUUCCUGGGCUCGGUGCUGGUUUUCCUGUUCUGAAAAAGACAAAACAGAUGAUGAGAAAUGAAAAUAGCCCAGACAGUGACCCACAGGAGCCUGAGACAAAGCCAGAGGAAAAGGGCAUUGCUCCAGAAGAAGAUAAGGCACAACACAAGCCGAAAUGGAUGCCACCAAGACACCCAGGAUUUGGAAAUCCUCUGAUGUCUGAGCUGAAGACAAAACUGAAGAAAACCACAAAAGACGAAGACAAAAGAUGAAUGAUAAUGCCUUGUUGUGAAUAUUUAAAAUGUAUUAUAUAGAGUACUUUACUUUUAUAAAGAAUGUAUCAAAUUAAACACUGAUGAAAUGUACUUCAUGUUUCAAUGUUUGUAAUAAAGUUGAACCUAAAAGAAA